GAUGAGUUGAUCCCAAUGUCCAAGACACUCAGGAUCGACUUUAGUGUAUAUAUCUCUUCCAUUGUUUUUACGCUUUGUCGCUGGGAAUUCGCGGGUUGCAUAAAUGCGGUGGAAGUGCGUUAUGAGUGACUUUGUGUUCGUCCUUCGGAGGUUGAUAUCAAUUUCGUAUUCCAAUCGAAAAGGGAUAACUAUCUAACAGGAAAUGCCAAAGAAAAAAGUUAAAGAGAAAAAAGUUCUGGUCGAUCAGUCAGAUUCAUUGGAGUUGGCUAGUGUUGUUAGCCUUCCUAGUGACGGCAGUGAGACUCCAACUGCCUCAUCGGUUGAUGUAAGUGUUACGAAACUCCUACUUUCGGGCUUUAAUUAUUUACAUUCUAAUUUUGCAUCUUCAUAAAGUUUCAAAGUUACUGUGUUCUGGAUCCAGACCUCGGCAUCAGUGUUUGUUGAUGUGGUUAUUAUUCCUUGAUAUUAUUGAAGGCUGAAUGUACGACAAGCAAACCAACCAUGAUUGCACUGUGAAUCGUGUCAGUUUUUUACUUAAAGUCCGCAAUCUUGGGAUGGAUUUUGAUUAUCUUUAAGAUCUAUCAGUACCUUAAUUGUUGUUCAGCGGACGAUAAGUCAAUAUUAGGUCAUCUCUCUUAUUGCAGUAAGGAUGUGGGCAAUUCGAGGGGUUUACCUACUUAAUAAACAAAUGAGAUUACCACUUAUCCUUUGUCACGCCUUGAUUUGGUAUAUUCAUGCUGUUUAAAGCAGAAACAUCCUUUGUUCCAAGUGUAGUCUCACAUCGUCUACUAAUACCUAGGGUUAUCAAAGUUGCGCGUGCUUUUCCAGUUAAACAUUCCUCAAAUGCCCUGGUACGGCAGGGAGUGGGGAGAGUCUGCUCUCUCGGAAUUUUCUCUCAUGACCACGUAUAUACAGCCUCUGCCAGGGGAGUCCUACUCACUGCCUUCUCGUGGCAGGAGUGUUGUUCACAAAAUGAAGAGGCCGAAAAGCGAAUGUCCGGCGGUAUAACCAGGUUGGUGGACGCGGAGAGUUGGAGAACCUUGAUUUCAAACCAAUGGUGCACAUGGGAUUCAGUAUCCCGAGAGAACGAAUGGCGUAUGAGCGAGUCGUUGGUGGCCGGCUACUAUGGGACUGCAUCUCCUGACGUAGUUCCACUGCCUUGUGGAUCAGAUUUUUAGGCCGAAGGUCCCUGAUAUGCCCUUGGUUUGGGCACCCGGGCAGUAUCACAGCCCUCACACAAAAAUCAAAUGAGAAUUGUGUGGCGCACAUGUAUCUGGUGCCCCCUCGUACCGAUAUAUGUGUUCAAAUGAAUGAAAAUAAGUCAUGAUAAACAUCCCAUAGGUAAACCUUCAAGGCUAAUAAAAUCUUCAACUCUUAUGAAAUUCAUACAUUGAAAAGGCUGAGACACCAUGAUUGGACUUAGUAGUUUGGAAUAUUCUCAAAUCGUUCAUUCAAAUUGACAUGGCGGAUUGGUCAGGGUUCUUUAUUGCCGACUAUUGGGUUUCAUAUUCGAUCCCUGUCUCAUCUUUUAAUGUUUGGGCAGACAUCAACAUAGACCACUCGAGGUGAUUAGUAUCUAGACAUAUGGUUGACGACCAAGCAGUACCAGGCAAACAAGUUCAUUAUUUUGAUGUUGGGCAGCUACUUAUAACCCGUCUGUCUAUGCACUAGGUAUAGCGAAGUCUUCCAAAUCAAUAGUUUCUCGUCAAUCUCUAGAAGGUUUUAGCUGUCCAAGCAACAAAGAAGUCUUCAGGUUUUAAAAAUAAAAUGGAGUGAUUUUCACAAAUGUAACAGCUGGUAUUGGUUUGUUUCGUGUGUUUAUCGAUGGUGAUCCAGUCAUACGUCACUAAAUUAAAUUGAGCAUUGAAAUAAUACCUGUCUUUAUUUGUGUGGGAGAAACUGCCAAAUUCUGUCCAUAAGUUCCAUGUCUAGUCAAGAAUGUAUGUUAUAAUUGCUAAUUGUUAUGGUUUAUUUAAAUAAUUUGUAAAAUAUGUAUAUUUCUUCUCCACUAUAAAUUAAAAGUACUGUCCUCACAAUAAACUGAUUCAGUUCAGUUGUGCUCAUUUCAUCGUAAGUUGAUUGUAACUGGGGAGUUUAUCUAAUUUGUUUGUCAUGGUUGUUAAGUUUCCAUUCUCAUUCAAUUUUAUCAAGCUUUCUUGAUUGUGACAUUUUCCCUUCAACUUUAAUUUUUUGGACUAUUCAGUGAAACAUUUAAGUGUAGAUUCUGACUUGAAGUAUAAUACAGCCCUUUUAUGUUGACAAAUGAUGCCACUAUAUACAAAUAAAUAGUAAUACUUAACUUCUAAGGCGCUUCGAGUUUGCGGAAAUAUUUCUAUCCUUUCCAUGGUGAUUGUCGUAGUAUGCUAUAAUCUAUAAUAGAUUAUAUGUGGAAUGGUUUUGGUACAUCUUUUUCAUGUGAAUAACUACCGGAAACCGAACUCAUCUCUGGAGUGAUAUAUAGGGUUGUACACGCACUGGUGAAGCAAUCAGACAAUUUAUGCUUAGUUACUAACACUUCACGGAUAGUGUUGGGAAUAUCAUGAUUACUCAAGGUAAUGCGUUACUUCGUUUUAUAUCGGUACACAGCAAAUCAACUAGAUCUAAAGCGAAUUAGUCAAAAUAGUGUUUUUAUUGUUGUCAUCAUAUGUUCAAAAUUCCGUAUUUUAGUUUGAACAACCAAGUGGUAUCCUCCAAUAAGUCUCUUAUUUGAAUACAACUGGCUUCGGUUUAAACAGGCGAGUAAUGCCAGUAGCCUAAAUCUAAGUCGUGCCCUAAUACCUUGUGCUUAAACAUGCACUUGAUAAAUAACAUUCAUAUCUUGACUUAGUUUUCUACUUGUCAGUAAUAUGAAUUCCCGUUAACCACUUUUUCAAUGUUUUAGGUUGAAGAUGGAUUGGCCUUGGAAUCGCUUCUUGAUAAAGUUUGCUCAGCAAUCGAUCUAAUGGAAGAGAAGAGAACGGAGACUCGAAUUAACGCAAUACGUUCAUUAAUUGAGUUUUUUCGUUCACAUUAUUUCUGUUUGGAUGGCUCUUGGAACUACACUGAAACUCUGAUAACCAGCAUUGAAAAUAUUUUCAAAAAGAGUAAACCACAGGAUCAGGCACUAGCUGCAGAUUUACUGACCAUAUUCUCUCUACAAAUUGAUCCACAUGAAGUUCCCAUAUGGUUCGAAAGGUUCUUUCCUGUUUUAGAACCUGUCAUUCGUGAUUCCACCCAAAAUCCUAAAUUCAGAGCGUCUUCAGCUAUAGCUCUUUCAGUACUGCAGUCUUUGUCAGGCUAUUGUGACUUUAUUUCACCAUUAGAUGUCAUAAAAUCACUUGAAUUUGUAUUAAAAAGCUCUACUUCGAAGAUUGAAGCUGAUAUUUUUGAUCUUUAUGUUGCAGCACUUAAAGCCUGGACAUUAAUAUACACUUUUCUAUCACCAUACGACUCUGGUAAUGUUGGAAAAGCCGUGCUUCCUGUUUUACUCUCUUUACUUCAAUGUUCAAAUGUGAAUGUUCGUAUAAUAGCAGGUGAAGCCUCAGCAGUCAUUUAUGAACGAAUUCGAAACGAAGUUGAUGUUAAAUUCAAAGGUCCUUAUUACAGCGAUCUUGUCCGUCUACUUGGUGAGUUGGCUAAAGAUAGCUCAAAAAACCGCUCUAAAAGUGAUCUCAAGAAACAACGUCAUUCCUUUCGGGAACUCGUGGAGGCCGUAGUGCACUGUGACUACCCUGAAACAUCAAUAAACUUUGGCGCUGAAGUUUUAACGUUAUCAUCUUGCGCUGGACACUUUUAUUAUAACUUCUUGUGCUCAGUGCUAGGAAGUGGAUUGAGGCAUCAUCUUCGUGAAAAUCCGUACAUUCGUAAUCUUUUUGAUCUUGGUUUACCGUCGUUACCACAGCGAAAUGGAGCCAACCAUCGGGUCCUCAAAGAACAAAAACGAUUAACCAAUGUAAUGGCGUCAAAAAGUCGUACACAAAAACUUGGUAUGUACAGAGAUAAGCGGCGAGAAAUGCUUAGUGAACUGGAAUAAAAGGCUAAACAUUAUCACCCUAUGGGUUCUUUUUCUUGACGACUCCGUUUGUCUUCUAACCUUUUAUGAAGAUGCCUUAACAAUAACAUUAUUAUAUGCGACUGCUUACACAAAGCAGAAUUCUGUUUAUUAUCUUUUAUGUUAUGUCAAUACUAAUGAACAUGUAUUUCACUUGAAUAAUUUAUUCUAAAGAAAAUAAUUAUAGUUUGCUCGUCAAAAAAUAUCAUUGGUGGCUUACGUGUCAUGUUCAUGUUAAAACAGGUCUACAUAGGUUUGGUACACUAUCCAUUAUCAUAGCAUAAAGUUUGUUGUAAUAUAACAAGUGAUGAAGAUUUAAAUGUUUUCAAUCUGUUUUAGGCAUCAGUUAUCGAAAUUCAUCAAGUCUUCAAUUAUUGGGAAUACAUAUUCAUAGGGGACCACUGUAUUUUGAAUCCGAACGAUUUUUUGGUGGUUGGAACGUUGAAUUAAUGUUCGUUUUCGUAUGCGCGCCUUGCUCAUCGUAGAUGGUUUUGGAGAUCUUAAGAGGUAUUUGUAGUUAGAUUGACUUCCUGCUUGUGUCAAUUUUGCAACUAAUUAGUCAUAGUGUCCUUAUACAUUUUAAGUAAAUGACUGAUUCCAAAUAACCCUUAUACUAACAUCGAUAUUUCUGCCUUUAUCGUGCCAAAUGAACUAAGUUAUGAGAUGAGCAAUCUCCUUCGAACACAGUCGUUUGUUGUGGACUGGGCUGUCUUACUAUGUUUAGAAUAUUGGAUUACUAGUUACACUGCUAGUGAUUCUUUCUAAAGCAGUAGUAAGCACUCAGCGAUACAAUUUAAAAGCUUGUAUAAACUGGUAAGAAGUACGGCGAUCUGAAGUUCUUUUAGGGGAGCUUAUUUUGUAAUAAAUUCUUUGAAGACGCUACUACAUCCUGCUGCUUAUGUGAUCCUCCAUUGACUAGGUUUCAUUUUGUUUAGAGAUAUGGAAUUAAAAUAAAUCCCCAAACUGAUAGUCAUGUACAACAUGGGACCUGGUGCAUGUACGCAGCGGUCCAAGUUGUCAUACCCCAUUAGCACAAUGAAAUUAACACCAAAUUCAUUGAAGCAGUUACUUCAGUGAUGGUGAUAUGUAAGGAAAAAGGAUUGCGUAUAAGAUAUCAGGAGAAGGAAUUGUUCGUAGAAAGAUAGGUAUGAAGUAAUCUUAAUCUCGCGGUUUAAGGUGUGACAGAGGGCGUAUACACCCAUCGUCGUGAUCGAUUUUCAGCUGUAACCCAGAGUCUCCAACGAUUGGUUACGAUGAUCACGCAGACCCCAACCAGGUAGUCUGCAUCUAACAACAUUGCACAGACCAGAAGUUAGUAACUUUAUGGAUUGGUCCCACGUUUUGGUUUGGCCACCCCUAACUUCCAUUCUUCUCCAACACUAGUUUGCAUUGCGCGCUGUGGUAGUCGAUGGUUGAGCAUGCGUAAUACGUAGCCCAAACAUACCAGUCAAUGUAAAUCCACAACCUCUUCAGCUGAUUUGCCUUCGUCAUUUAAUACUCUGCGUCUGACCUCACUAUUGCCUACCCGGUGAUCCCAGCAGAUGCUGGCAAUAUUCCUAAGGAAUUUGUGGUCAAAUACUACUAACUUACGAGUAUCCACUACCCUUAAUUGUGACGUUUUACAGCCGUAAAGUAAAACAACGAACUGUUUCUCAGUAUACUGCUCGUCUAGUUGAUGGGCGGAUACCUCGUCUUCGCCAUGAGUGACGUAAGUUGGCAAAAAAUAAACUAGCUUUCUGAAUACAUGCAGAUGUCGUCAGACACCAACCGAUUAAGGCUGAUUAGACUCCCAAGAUAAGUGAAGUGUUCGACUUCUUCACCUUAGCCAUGAACCUUUAAUUGGAUUAACAGCGAACAUAACUUCAAGACACCUUGUUUGUUUUAUCCGCUUGACAUGCUAUCUAUAGUUCUUCAUUAGAAAUGUUUGGUCGCCUCGUAUAUAAUGUGACGGCAGAACUGGUCAUUUGGUAGGUAAAUAAAUGUAUGUUACUCGUUCGUUUCUUGCAGUAGAACUGAUCUGGCUGCAUUAUUCGAUGGAUUUCAAGAAAAAACAAAUGACUAUUACUGUCCUGAGUGAGGACCUGUGAAAAUUGAAGGUCUUGGAUAAUAUCGUAGAUUUGCAUUACUAAUAUUCGGUGCUGGGACACAGCUCUGUAAAAAAUACAGAAAAUCACGAAGUGAAUUUGGCUUCGGUAAUGUAGAAUAACACAAAAUUUCGAUUACCAGGCGAUAUUAGUUAGUUAAUAACAGAAAGGUCAUAAGUACUUGAAUGAGUAUUACAGUUCACGCGGAAGUACUGAGUAGAUGGAAUUUCGUUAUGGAUAUGCUAGCACAUCCUUUUUUGGACAUAGCAGCACUACCUGUCAGAAGUAGUAUUUUGUCACAACUAACUCGUUUAAGCCUAAAAGCACAUUGGUUUACUAUCCAAAAUAUGCGAGAAUCUACAUCCAAUAUCAAUGUUUAGUUUUGGAAAGAUUAAAUGUUCAACUGACUUGGAAUAUAUGAGCACUAGUCUCUGAAGAAAUGGCUUACACUGAGUCACGAAACGUCAGAAAAUCUAAUUUUUCGGCUCAUUGGGAU